GGAAAAAACAGUUCAGUGGCUUGAAAAACGUCAACAUCGAGUAUACACAUAAACACGUUACAGACUACGGAAGUGCUUAACAAUGUGCCGUUAUACCCCGGACUGUUGCUCCGUAUUUUAUCCGAUAUGGUGCAUUGUCUAUGGUGCCUGCGUAUUGAUUGGAGGAUUAGCUACGGUUAUCAGUUUAUCUGUGUCUGACAACGAUUUUACGUAUACAUAUACGCAUAGCUACGAUGAUACGUUCGUCUCUUUUAAUGUUAUGACCGACGGAGACGGCGGAUACGUCUUAACCUACGGAAUCAUCGUAAUCGUAGCUGGCGCAUUCUGCGUUGCUGCUGGAAUAUGUAUGUUGCUUGGCAUAGAACGUAACAACAAGGCACUGUUUGGAGUCGGAAAAGCCCUAAGCUAUGUUUUACCGAUUGUGCUUGUAUUUACUGUAUUCCCAAUAGUUAUCCACUUUAUCGCCAUAAUACAUCUGGUGGAGUAUCAGAAGAAACGCUGGGGAGAGUGAUUUUCAUCCUUUUUGAAUGGUUGUGUAGCCACGCAUGAUAUUCUGCAUUUAAAUCUGUAAAAAUUUACAAUUGUCUGCACAAGAAAACUCUACCACAUUAAUCAUAAUCUACAAUGAGA